GUGUAACAAGGCUAAUAGCAUUGAGUCAAGGCUGGCCGGUUUCUGUAUGUAUAUUGUCAUCGACUGCCGCAGUUAUUAUCUACAUUGAACACGGAGAGCACGACUGACACAAAAUGGCUUUAGCUCUAUACUACACCGCUGGGUCCGCGCCAUGCCGUCUGGUCCUGCUAGUAGCGGCAGCCCUCAACAUCCAGCUGGAUUUGAAUCCCGUCAACUUGCGAGCGGGAGAACAGUUCAAUCCAGAAUUUUUGAAGCUGAACCCCCAACACACAGUGCCAACCCUCGUCGACGGUGACUUCUCACUUUGGGAGUCUCGCGCCAUCAGCAGAUACUUGGUCUCCAAAUAUGGCGACGAGAACAACAGCCUGUACCCAAGUGAUCCUCAGGCCAGGGCUGUAGUUGAUCAGAGAUUGGACUUCGAUUUGGGCACAUUGUAUCCAAGAUUUGGAGGGUAUUUUUAUCCACAAAUCUUCGGUGGAGCGAAGGCUGAUGAAGCUCUUCUGAAGAAAUUGGAAGAAGCUCUAGUGUUCCUGAACACAUUCUUAGAGGGCAACACAUAUGCUGCCGGGGAUAAGUUGACCUUGGCUGACCUCAGUCUUGUGGCCACAGUGUCUACGAUUGACGCUACCGGCAUCGUCAGCUUGGACAAAUAUCCUAAUGUUCAGAAAUGGUUCGAACUGGUGAAGACAUCGGCACCUGGAUAUGAUAAGGCCAACCAGGCCGGUAUUGAUGAAUUCAAAGCUCUGCUAGCUUCAUUCAAAGCAAAAACUGAGUUGUAAGUUCCUCAAUAGUAAUAAGUAAAACUUCGCAUUUAUUUAUAAAUUGUAAUACGUUAUCGCUUGUUUCUUUUCCAACUUUACGGAACUUUAGUUUCAGCUUUGAUUCAUUUAAUUCUAAGCGCCUACGAAUAUUUUACACAAAGCGACUGAAACCGUUAUAAUACUAUUGUAUUGUACUCGAAAUAAAACACUAAAAAUAUA